AUGUCAAAUAUUGAAUUUACCACCUCAAACGAUCCUUCAUCAUUAACUCCUUCUCGAACAUCUCCUUCCGACAACCACCACACGACCAUCACACAUUCAUUCCGAACCUUUAUUACACCUCAAACAUCUCUCGAAGAAAUUCACAAAGUAUCGCAUUGGUUUGAUCAAGAUCGAAUUGAUUAUCAUACCUUGAGAUUUCACGACGCCAUUCAGAGACAAAUUUUAAAUCGAUCAGCCUCGGAAAAGGACAAGAAAACUGCGCAGUCCCUUUUAGACAUUAUUCGACUCAAAUAUAUUUUCCCAUAUUCUCGAUUGCUUGGAUUAUUUACCUAUUUUUAUAUUUUGACCAUUAAGAAUUUAUUUAGAGGAAAUUAA